AUGGCGUGCUCGUGUUUCUGUUGGAAGCGCAACUUUGCGCGAAUCGACCGUACUCCUUUGAAAGAAUAUGAGGAAAAUAAAAAGACAGUGAACAAAAUCGAGACCCAACUUGGCAAACUGGUGCGUUUCCUGGACCAGUUUCAGACGAGUUGGGUGCGUAUCGGUGAGCUCACGGUGCUUUACGCGAACGAACUGCAGCAGACGGAAAGCCAACAGGGUGAUUCAGAGCGAAGAGAGCACGCUGAUCGUAUCGCCUCACUAGCGAAAACGAUCUCGGAAGAGAUGCGUAACCAUCAUCUUGGGGCGGGCGAGAAAGGAUCGACCCGCUUGCUGCAGUACAUCAAAGAAUUCCAGAGUCGCUUACGGGAAUGCCGCGAGCGCUCCGUCCGGCUGGAGAAGCUUGCUAAGGAUUACGAUGCACGCCGCGCGGUCGUCGAGGAUAAAGAACGAGCGAAAACAGAUGAGAAGACAUUGGCACCAUUGCGCGAUCUCAUGUACGAGGCGGAGAGUCGGUUUCGGGAAGCAGAAGCGGACGUGCUUCAGCGUCAAAAGUAUAUCAUUACCCACGCGCCGACCAUUAUUGACGCAUCUCUGGUCUGCUUCGCGGCCGUAGAGAGCGAUCGCGUGCGAUUUCUCGCGGAGAAGAGUGUCGACUUCUACCGUAUUCGCGAUGAUCAGCUAGAACCCAUGCUGCGCAAAAUUGAAACUGAGGUAUUCCCGCCCGUAUCCUAG